CUUUGACUUUAUCAAGAAAGAUUCUAAAUAUAUCUCUUUUUAGCCAACCAUGAUGUUGAAUAUAUACUUCAUGAUAUGAUCUCAAUGAGUGCUCUUUGAUUGCGAUGAAACCACUCUUCAUAACCAUGUGCGCAAAUACAUUUUUUUAUAAUAUAUUCUUAACUUAAUGCAUUGUCUACAUCUAUAAAUUAUUCAAUUCAUUGCCUAGUCUUGGUUCAUUGUACAGAACUUUCCUCUUUGUAACACCCCAAACUAAUCUAGAACACCUAUUAAAAAUCAAAAUCAUACCGCAAAUGACAACCAAUAACAACAUAAAACAUGUGCUUGAUGAACAUGACCGAGUUAAAGCCCUACAAGAAUUUGAGAACACUAAACUAGGAGUUAAAGGCCUUGUUGACUCGGGCAUUAUUCGGAUUCCACCCAUUUUCCACCAUCCACCCGAGACCCUUUUUGAUCAUGGACCACCCGACCCACUUGAUAAAGACCAGAUCAUACCCGUUAUUGACCUCUUGGGUGACCGGAAAGAGCUUGUGGAGCAGCUCCGCGACGCCUCAUGUAAGUUCGGAUUCUUUCAAGUGAAGAACCAUGGUGUGGCAGUCGAGCUUCUCGAGCGUCUACUUGAUGCUAUGAAGGGUUUUCAUGAGUCAGACCCGAGUAAAAAGAUUCCGUUUUACCGACGAGAUACGGUAACUUCAGGAACGGGAGUUGGGUUUCAUUCAAAUUAUGAUUUGUUUCAUUCAAAAGCUGCUAGUUGGAGGGAUUCACUUGUUAUUCGUCUGGCUCCGAUUCCAGUUGAUCCUAAUGAUAUCCCACAAGCUUGCAGAAAUGAAGUGGUAGAAUGGGAUAAAGAAGUGAAGAAACUUGCAGAAAAACUGAUGGAAUUGCUGUCAGAAGGCUUGGGACUAAGUUCAGAUAAACUGAUAGGAAAGUCAUAUUUAGGAAGAAGAGGAAUGGUCGGGAAUUACUAUCCAUAUUGUCCAGAACCAAACAAGACAAUUGGUAUUGCUUCACAUACAGAUCCUGGGAUUUUAACUGUCUUACUUCAGGAUCAAGUUGGUGGACUCCAAGUCAAGUAUGAUGGUAAAUGGAUCGAUCUCAAACCCGUUCCUGGUGCCCUUGUUGUUAACCUCGGCGACUUAUUUCAGAUAAUAUCGAAUGAUGUAUACAAGAGUGGAGAGCAUAGAGUAUAUGCUAAUCCUUUUAAAAAAUCGCGAGUUUCAAUUGCGGUUUUCUUCAGCCCGGGAGAAUAUGAGAAUAUGUACGGACCUUUGGCAGAGUUGGUAUCGCCUGAAAGACCAAAAUUGUAUCAGCAGCUCAAAUUCUCAGACUUGAUCAAUAAUUUUUACUCAAGGGAGUUAGAGGGCAAGUCUAUGACUAGCUACUUCCGAUUGUAAAUGAUCAUCUUUGAUUUUUACUUGUAAAUUCAGGUUGCGGUUGAUUCCUCAUAAAAACUUUCGUUUUAUUCUAUUUUAUAAUUAAUUUAAAGAAUAAUGUAUCUUUACGGUUAAAGUAAACUUCAAAUAAAUAAAAGGAUAUAUAUAUAUACACAUGUUGAAA